AUGGAAGGCCUAUUAUUCAACGUGAAUGGCGGCUACCUAGAGGGCAUAGUUCGUGGUUACCGCAAUACCUUACUGACGGGCACAAACUACGGCAACCUUACACAAUGCGAAACUAUCGAAGAUGUCAAGACACAGCUGGGUCCUGCCUACGGCGAGUCGCUCGCGAGCCUCCCUCCCAAUCCCUCAACAUCGGCCCUCGCGAAUAAGACGACAGAGAAGCUUGUGGCAGACUUCCGGUAUCUUCAAGGUCAAGCGACGGGGUCUUUGGCAAAAUUUAUGGAAUACCUCACCUAUUCGUACAUGAUUGACAAUGUCGCGCUGCUCAUUACGGGGACUCUGCACGAACGAGACACAAAGGAAUUACUGGAGAGAUGCCACCCACUGGGUUGGUUCGAGACGAUGCCGGUCCUGUGCGUCGCAACCAACAUCGAGGAAUUGUACAACUCGGUGCUCAUCGAGACACCGCUGGCUCCAUAUUUCAAGGGCAGCUUGAGCCACCAAGACUUGGACGAGCUCAAUAUCGAAAUCGUCCGGAACACAUUGUACAAGAACUAUCUGGAAGAUUUCCACAAUUUCGUCAACACAGAUCCUGAGAUGGCCAUGACACCUACGGGGGAGAUUAUGUCGGAGAUUCUGGAAUUCGAGGCAGAUCGACGAGCCAUCAACAUCACUAUCAACUCAUUCGGCACAGAGCUCACCAAAGAUCAGCGGAGGAAGCUCUACCCGGAGUUCGGCAAACUAUACCCCGAGGGAAUGCUGAUGCUAUCACGAGCCGAUGAUCUCGAGGGCGUCGGGCUUGCCGUGAGCGGCGUGGGUGACUACAAGCGAUUCUUCGAUGAAGUCGGCUUCAACCAGAGCAGCGGUGGUGGCGGCGGCAACAUGGCCGGAGGCAUGGGUAGUGAUUCGAAAUCACUCGAGGACAUGUUUUACCAAAAGGAAAUGGAACUAUCAAAGAUGGUGUUCACCCGGCAGUUCACCCAUGCUGUCAUCUAUGCCUGGGUCAAGUUGCGAGAACAGGAAAUCCGAAAUAUCACGUGGAUUGCCGAAUGCAUUGCUCAGAACCAGAAAGAGAGGAUAGGGAACUACAUCAGCGUUUUCUAA